ACCAGACAGACGGAUAAUACUAAGAUCCCUCUUGCAAACGGCGCACACCGGGCAAAACUCCAUCAGGACUUCAUCGGCAAUCUGGUGGAGCAGAAGCUGAACAGCAAAGUGAUUAUCCUGGAACAAAAGCAACAGACAAUUCCCUCCAUGGAGAGAAAUUCCAGUUUCCCCCUGCUUCCUGGCAUUAAUAACCACACCAACAGCAGCUGCUCCCGAGACAACAUCUUGACGACUGUGGUUUUUCCUGUUCUAUACUCCCUCCUCUUCGUCUUGGGGCUUUCACUGAAUGGUGUGGCAGUCUGGGUGUUUUUUCGUAUCCCCUCAAAGUCUCACUUCAUUAUAUACCUGAAGAAUAUCGUAGUGGCUGAUGUCAUCAUGACCUUCACAUUCCCCUUUAAGGUGUUGGCAGACUCCAACAUGGCAUCCACUGGGCUGCGUAUAUUUGUAUGUCGGGUGUCGUCUGUGCUCUUCUACCUCACCAUGUAUAUCAGCAUCCUCUUCUUUGGCCUCAUCAGCAUUGACCGCUGCAGAAAGACCCUCUGGCCCUUCAGGGGGACAAAUUCAGUUAGGCUGACCCGUCGGAAGCUCCUUUCUGGGGCCAUCUGGGUCUUUCUGCUGUCUCUGAGUCUGCCCAAUGUGAUCCUGACAAGUAAGACCCCCACCUCACCAUACUUCAAGUGCGGUGACCUGAAAACAGAAGCAGGGCUGAAGUGGCAUGCAGUGGUAAAUCAUGUCUGUCAGGUUAUCUUCUGGGGCAACUUGGUGACUGUGAUAGUGUGUUAUACCCUAAUCACCAAAGAGCUGUACAACUCCUAUUCCCGCACGAAGGCCAAAUGUAGCGGAGCAGGUGAAGGUGUGAGUGGGAAGCCCCGCCAGGCUAAAAAGAAAAAUAUCAGCGCCAAUGUGUUCCUAGUGCUGGCAGUGUUCUUUGUGUGUUUCGUGCCAUUUCACUUUAAUCGCGUGCCGUACACCAUGAGCCAGACCCAGGAAAAGCUCUUCGACUGCAAACUCAAACUUUUCCUCUUUCAGAUGAAGGAGAGCACUCUCUGGCUCUCAUCCCUAAACUCCCUCCUGGACCCCCUCAUAUACUUCUUCCUCUGUAAGUCCUUCAGGACCACCCUGUUCAAGACCUUUCGGCUGCCUCCUGGUACCUGCGGCUGUCUGACAGGGAGGGGCUCGGACACAGAUACAAACAGCACGCCUCUGGGAGACUCCUCUGCCUGUGGGUAGAACAACUGGACAUGUACAGAUUUCCACAGGUCGUAUCUGAAAAUGUUGUAUCCCAGUUAUACGUGGGUGACAAACUGAUGUUCAGCUAUUUCAUUAACAUGUUGAAUGUGACUGUAGUGUGUCUCUGACAGACAGCACAAAGUGAACUGUGUAUGUUCCAGCAGGAUAUUAUGUGUACAUCAGCACAGAUCUUUAACAACAUCAAAAUCUUUGGUUGUGUAUGCCAAACACAACCACAUUUAUUCAGUCCAGCUUUCAGAUUUCAAGUUAUAGCGAACUAAGUACAGUUUUUUUUUUCUCUCUUCUUCAAAACUGUGAAUUGUUUUCUGCUUUAACUUUACUUUUGGACAGACAUCAGGUUUUCACUGCAGUCUGUGCACUUUUCUCAAAACCUUAGUGAGGUGCACAUGCAGGCUGAUGUGCAAGUAACCUAGAAAAUUCAGGUCAGUUUUUUUGUGUUGAAAAUGUGUAAAUUUGUGUAAAUUA